AUGAAUACAAGCAAGAGUGAAACAGUGAAAGACCAUCCAUUAAAACCUUCUAGAAGAUCUAUGCCAUGCCUGGUCCAGAGCCAAACACAUCCUCAGAGCCUGAGCAAGCAUUCCUCAUUCCUGCAGCCAAACCGUGUCCAGCCACAGCCUCUCAGUGCAGGGACAUCGACAGCGACGGUGGAUGUGGUGUCAGAACGAGCUAAAGUGGUGGAGACUUUGGAAAACAACUUGCUUAAGUUGUCUAAUACAGAAUAUGGUGAUCCAUUUUUAGAUGUAGGGAAGGACAAAGACACUUACACAGAUGAUUCAGAACAUGGGAAUUAUGAUACUCGUACAGAUCAGUCAUUGCUUAUUCAAAACAAGCUCACCAGGCAGAGAACAGAACCUCGAACCAAAUCCUCUUUAAAGAGUGAUGCCAUGGCCUCAUCAGGGCUCUUCUUCAAAGAUGGCAAAAAGCGCAUCGAUUACAUCUUGGUCUACAAGAAAUCAAGCCCACAGGUGGAAAAAAGAAGCACAUUUGAGAAGAAUUUGAGAGCAGAAGGGCUGAUGUUAGAACGGGAGCCAGCUGUUACAAACAGUGAUAUCAUGUUUGUUAAAGUUCACUGUCCGUGGGAGACUCUGUGCAAAUACGCAGAAAGAAUGAACAUCAGGAUGCCUUUCAGGAAAAAAUGUUAUUACACUGACUGGAGGAGCAAAACCAUGGGCAGCCUGCAGAGGAACAUGAGGGAGCUGAAAAGUUGGCUGCCCAGGAACCCAAUGAAGCUGGAUAAGGAGGCCCUGCCUGACCUGGAGGAGACAGAUUGCUACACGGCCCCCUUCAGCCGUGCCCGCAUCCACCAUUUUACGAUAAACAACAAGGAUAGCUUCUUCAGCAAUUCCACGAGAAGUAGGAUCGUGCAUCAUGUGCUACAGAGAACUAAGUAUGAAGAUGGAAAAUCCAAAAUGGGUAUUAAUAGGUUACUAAACAAUGGAACAUAUGAAGCAGCAUUUCCACCACAUGAGGGAAGCCACAAAAGCAGACAUCCCAUCAAAACACACGGGGCACAGAACCACAGACACCUCCUGUACGAACGCUGGGCACGGUGGGGAAUGUGGUACAAAUACCAGCCUCUCGAUUUAAUCAGGCGAUAUUUUGGUGAAAAAAUCGGGCUGUAUUUUGCCUGGCUGGGAUGGUACACUGGAAUGCUCAUUCCUGCUGCCCUGGUUGGGCUCUUUGUUUUCCUCUAUGGAUUAUUUACAAUGGAUUCCAGCCAAGUAAGCAAAGAGAUCUGCGAGGCAAAUGAAACCGUGAUGUGCCCUAUGUGUGAGCGCAAUUGCACGCUACAAAAACUCAACGAGAGCUGCAUUUACGCCAAGGUUACACAUUUGUUUGAUAAUGGAGGGACUGUCUUCUUUGCUAUUUUCAUGGCAAUUUGGGCAACAGUCUUCCUAGAGUUUUGGAAAAGGCGGAGAGCUGUACUGACCUAUGACUGGGACCUCAUAGACUGGGAAGAUGAAGAGGAAGAGCUGCGUCCCCAGUUCGAAGCUAAAUAUUCCCAAGUGGAAAGAGUAAAUCCCAUCACAGGAAAACCUGAACCUUUUCAACCUUUCCCUGAUAAGCUCAGUCGACUGAUGGUGUCUGUCUCAGGAAUAUUCUUCAUGAUCUCGCUGGUCCUCACUGCAGUGUUUGCAGUGGUGGUGUAUCGCCUGGUCGCCAUGGAGCAGUUCGCUUCCUUCAAGUGGUAUUUCAUCAAGAAGUACUGGCAGUUUGCAACGUCUGGCACUGGUGUCUGCAUCAAUUUUAUGAUCAUCAUGUCGCUCAACGUGGUGUAUGAGAAGGUUGCCUACCUCCUGACAGACUUAGAGCACCCUAGAACAGAAUCUGAGUGGGAAAACAGCUUUGCCUUGAAAAUGUUCCUCUUCCAGUUCGUCAACUUGAACAGCUCUAUCUUCUACAUUGCCUUUUUCCUUGGCAGGUUUGCAGGCCGCCCAGGGAAGUACAAUAAGCUUUUUAACAGAUGGAGACUGGAAGAGUGUCAUCCUAGUGGCUGCUUGAUAGAUCUGUGCUUGCAAAUGGGAGUUAUUAUGGUUUUAAAACAAAUGUGGAACAACUUCAUGGAACUGGGCUAUCCUUUAUUACAGAAUUGGUGGUCACGGCGCAAAAUGAAGAGGAGAGGGCAGUCAAUGGAGAAUAAAAUUUCUCUACCUCAGUGGGAAAAAGAUUGGAACCUGCAGCCUAUGAAUCUCCACGGCUUGAUGGACGAAUAUUUGGAGAUGGUUUUGCAGUUUGGCUUUACCACCAUCUUCGUGGCUGCCUUCCCUCUGGCCCCUCUGCUGGCCCUGCUGAACAACAUCAUAGAGAUCCGCUUGGACGCCUACAAGUUCGUCACGCAGUGGCGGAGGCCCAUGCCUGCAAGGGCAACAGAUAUAGGUAUCUGGUAUGGAAUUCUGGAAGGAAUUGGAGUUCUGGCUGUCAUCACCAAUGCCUUUGUUAUCGCCAUUACUUCUGAUUACAUUCCACGUUUUGUCUAUGCAUACAAAUAUGGUCCCUGUACAGAUCAAGGGUACAGACAAGAAAAAUGCUUAAAAGGAUAUGUCAACAGCAGUUUAUCAGUGUUUGAUUUGAGUGAGCUUGGGAUGGGAUACUCGGGAUACUGUCGGUACAGAGACUACAGAGCCCCACCCUGGAGUUCAACUCCAUAUGAAUUCACUUUGCAGUUUUGGCACGUCCUGGCAGCACGGCUGGCCUUCAUCAUAGUAUUUGAGCACCUUGUUUUUGGAAUAAAGUCCUUCAUUGCCUACCUGAUUCCAGACAUGCCCAAAGACUUAUGCGACAGGAUGAGGAGGGAGAAAUACCUAGUCCAGGAAAUGAUGUAUGAGGCUGAACUGGAACAUUUGCAAAGGGAAAGGAAAAAGAAUGGGAAACAGUAUCACCAUGAAUGGCCUUAGUCACUCCCUUGCUGCAGCAAAAACACUGUUUGAAGCUGAAGAGUGCAGUUACAAAGUGAAGGCAGAGUCGGGAUGGGUGUGUGAGGUCCGUUCGUGGUGUAAAUAUGUUCUUGCUGGGCAGUGCAGCUGCUGACUUCGGUGGGCACUGGCAAACAGAUGUUUCUAAUGGUGGCAGUGAAAAGCCUUACCUGUCACUGGUCUGUGGUGAGCUCCGAGGAGAACUGGCACUCAGGAACGUGCAGGCAGAUUAAAAGCUUGGACAUGGGUUUAAAAAAAACGUCCAAGGAAUGUUCAUGCUGCUCGUGAGGGCGCAGCGUGAAUCUUCAGCGUGACGAGAUUGUGAAUUACCAGCGGAACGAGAACAAAAAAAUCACCUGCGAACUUAAAGAGGAGUAAGGGCAUGGCUAAAACCAACUUAUAUGAUAUCCACUACUUCUACAGCUUCUGAUUGCUCAGUUCCAUCUGUAAUGCCUCUAAAGAAAAGAGCAAUUGUUGCCUUUGUGGCCAUAACUUGAUCUUUCAGGCUUACUGUUUUGUCAGGUUUGUCCUAGUCUCUCGCUGAGAUUGUGGAUGUGGUCCUACCCUAAAAAAAAGGGGUCUGUGGCUGCUUAAUAUAUAUACUAUGCAGUUUAAGAUUUGCACAUCAGUGUCAUUAAUUUAUCCUUCUAGUUGAAAACCAAAAAAAUUCCAAAAUUUUCAAAAAGAAAACAGCAGCACUAGGAGAACGCAUCGCAUUGCCCACAUUGCAGCUCUGUUUGAAAACGACCCAGCUGUUGAGUUGUCUUUCCACUUGUGUGUGUGUGGAAAGGCCACCUUCACACGCUUCCAGGGUGAAAGAACUGUCAUUUUCAUGCUCUGAUGUAGCAUGCAGAUGUCUGUGUUGCUGUUCCUUUUGACCUGUCUGGGCAGUGAUUCCACGACUCCGCAGAAUGCUAACUUGAAAUAUUCCCAUGCACUGCAAAUGACUUAGUCUUCAAAAUACAAUUCACUUUUUUUUAUAGUAUGCAAGCUUCUGCAGAUAUGUGUCAGAUGUACAGUAUAACAUCGUGACUUGCUUGUUCAGGGAAGGAGAAACAGUUUAUAACAAUGCUCUUCUUACUGUAAUAGUAAAUGUUCCAGUAACAUACACUUCUUCUAUUGGCCUAAAUAUGUCAAAACAUGGGAGAUAGAUACAGGCAAAUAUAUAUACAGAUUGUAUAUAAAUGCAUACACACACAGUGGUUACUUUUAUUAUUAUUAUUAUUAUUAUUAUUACUACUACUACUACACCUUCUUACAGUUUGGGGGGGGGCUUUUUGGAUAAAAUCACUAUAAAAAGUAGAUGUUCAUGUAAGAAUCGAAUUUGGGGUUUUAUGUGCAAACAGCAUACUACAGUGUUGUUUGUGGUUAUAGUCAAAUUUUGGUGAUGAAAUUGUCUAUUACCGGCAUUUCAUAACAGGGGAAAAGCACUUAAAAAGUUUAAACAGGUUUGCAGGGAUGCCUUGCAGAGAGGGUUGUGGAGAAUCAGAGUUACAAGUUAUGUUUCUCCUAUACAAUUUUAAAUAAUGUUUCUCUAUAUUGAAUGAGAAAAUAAAUAAAAAAAAAAAGGUCAGAAAGCACAGUAACUAUAAAGGCUGCAAAUUUUAAGAUAAUUUUAAGGGAUGCAGCAAAAUUGCUGCUGACAGAUAUGAAAGGACCUGAAUUUUUAUUAUUUACAAUACCCUAUUGAACUAAAAAGUGUGAUUCCAAUAUUCACUUGCAUCUCUUAGCACAAUAAUUU